AUGCCUAGGUCGCCUACCGGUGUGCGCAUACACGCGCUGGCAAGGACCAUUGCGCUGCCCAUCGCACUUGUCUUGCUGACCACUGUCAUGUCCUCCUUGGCUGCUGCCCAUGCGCUUAAGGAAACCGAGAGCAUGUAUGCCAGGCAAAAGGGAGCUUUCCCCGCUCCCAGAGACACCAUCCUUUUCAAUCACGCUCAAGCCGCGGGCACCAGCGGGAAUUUGAGCUCGGUCAUGCCUAUAAUUGUAAAAUUGGCCAAGUCAAUGAACACAAGCAUAGGUGAUUUUGCUUCUCCAAUUCAAAACUUCUCCAACAUCCUCGCCAAUCUCCCUCGUAGCGCUCACAUCGGCAACUCCUUGUCGAAGGCUUACAUCGAAAUCCCCGGUUCCAUUGCACCAGUGAGGCAAAAUCUGGCUGAGGUUGGCAUUUCAAUCGCAAGACUCUUUCCCGAACUCGACAGUCUUGUCAAGAGCGGUGAAAUCAUAAGUAAUUUGUUCGACAUCAACACGAAUCAAAUCGGGGGUUCAAUUAAGGCACUGCACACAAACAUAAUCAUGCUUGAGAAAUCAUUCCUUUCCUGCGUUAAGGGAAUCGGCACCUUAUACGGUGGUGAUUCAAACAUUCCCGCUGAAAUUCGCACUGGAAUUACCCAUGUGGAACGUCCAAUUAAAAAUUUAAAAACCAAUAUUCAAAGAGAUGAGACUGUAAUUGCUCGAAUUAUUUAA